UACUUUGCUGUGCCUCUGCGGCAACGUAACAUCACACGAUCUUCUUCGUUUCCGUUUCCGUUUCCGUUUCCCGUUUCCUUUUCCCCUCCCGAGGAAGAGAGAGAGAGAGAGAGAGAGACAGAGAAGACGAGAGGAUAAAAAAAGAGAACACAGCUCCUCCCGCUUCCUCCGAAGAAACCCUAGCGGUAUCAUCUUCCCUUGCCCCUGUUCUUCGAUUCCCCUUUGUUGCGGUCUUUUUGUUGAUUACCGGCUUAUAUCUUCUGGGGACGCAGAGUUUCUUGUGACUUCGCUGGUUCUUUGAAGAAAUUGCUGGUCCGAUUAGGGCUGGCUUCAGCAAUCCAACCACGGCUUCGAGCAAAGAAACCCGCGUUCUAAUUAGAAGGGGAAGAAAAUGUUCUCAGGGUUUUCCUAAGUUUCUCCUUGCGUCCCCUUCUUUCCACGGAGGUCGGGGUGCCCUACCUUCUGCCGGAGGGCAUCCUUCUGAUCUGACUUUCCUUGCUGGUGGCGGUGCUGAAGUCUGAUCAGGCUUCAGUAUUAUAGUUUUUUCCUUUAGUUGGUCUAUUAAGUGUCAUAAAAUAUGGUGUCAGUCACACAGGUUGAGGGUGAAUACCCUUUUCUGAGGCAGAAUUCUAGCUCAGAGCAGUCUAAAGGCGACCAAGUGCCUCCAAAAGGUAUCAAGACACAUCUUUACAGCCUUGGUGUUAUUCCGAAGGACAAUGAUGCUUGCGGAGGUUCCUUCACUGCUGAGGAUAGUCAGAGUUUACUGGACACUUUCCUCCUCUCUCAGUGGGAAUAUCAUGCUUGGAGGGGUCAGCUUGAAUACGAUGUCACUGCCUGCGAAUUUAAGGUUAUCAGUGGUAGAAAGAAGUUUAUUGUCCAAUUGAAUAACAGAUGGAAUGCACAAUUUCUUAAGGAAUUUGAGAACAACUUCCUUGAACCGUUGAGAUUUAUGAAGUCAAACUACAUGAAAAAUUGCAAAGAGGAAAUACUCUUCUGUGUUUGCCAGGGAGAAAAGGAGAGCUCUGAGCUGCUACCUUUGACGGUGCUACCUAAAGAUGGAGUUCUGAUCAUUGCUAAUGGGAAUCCUGUUGAGUACGGUCAUGUCUACUUGGUGCCUUAUGUUAGCCACCAGCUACCGCUGUUUUGGGACCGAAAGAUAUUAGGAUUAGUCACACAGAUUGCUGUUGAAGUUAAUAAUUCCUCAUUUCGAGUUUUCCUUGACAAUGCCUCUACAACUUCUGGUCAUAUACAUUUUCAGGCCAAUUACUUUGCAAACCCUUUACCUGUGGAGCUUUUCCCUACCAUCUCUGCAUAUGAGGAUGUGCUCAUAACAGACACCCAAAUUUGUGAAGUCAUGGACUAUCCUCUUAAAACUUUGGUGUUCAUGAGCAAGAAUUUGAAGUCGCUAGUCGCUCUAGUGACAAAAAUCUGCUCCACCUUACACAGUCAGAAUACUGCAUUUAAUUUGCUGAUUACCGAUUGUGGCACAAAGAUAUACUUGUUUCCUCAGGUCAAAAAUGUGACAAUGGAGUGUCAGCUUUUUCCAUGGGAAUGUGGUGGCUACUUUGUUUGCAACAAUGAAGCUAACUAUGAAAAUAUCUCUGAGACAGAAAUAUCGAAACAUUUGGCCUCUGUCUCACUUGAUGAUGGCAGCUUCAAAGCCUUCAAGCAUGUUUGUUUCAGUAUUGCAGUUAAUCUCGUUGAUUGAGAUAGUAUAAUGGGUCAUUGUCCAGCUCGUGUCUUUAUAAUAUGGUUAGUUUGCUACUCUAAGUGUCUAUAAUUUGUGCAAGGUUGCUUAGUAUGACUUAAAUAAAUGGAGCCUGUAUCUAGUGUUACUUUGAAUAAUGCAUACUUUUCAGAAGCUGUAUGAAUUUGUCUUUGUUUAAUCUUCUUUUUGUACUGAGAAGUUUGGGCCAAUAA